AUGAAGCAUCCGCUCAGCCUGAUCAGCGUCUUUGCCGGCGCCACCAUCAUCUACGCCGGCACGGGUCUGCGGGCCGACUGGCAGCGCUGGGCCACCUUCGGCGGCGUCAUGUGGUGCUUGUACGCGCUCGCCGAGCAGCAGACCGUCGCCCUGAUGAUGGUGGUGCGCAGUUCGUUCGCAUCGUUCCGUUGGUCCGCCUGCGUACUGUCGCUCUGCGCGGCGCUGGCCUCCGGCACGGUGCGGAGCCUGGUCGUACUUCCAGACUGGACGUACUACCUCACGUAUGCCACGUUACAGCGGUACGCGGCAGCGUUCGUGCAGCAGAACGAGUUCGAGAUGCACCCGGGUCUGGAGAACCUGCCAUCGCUCAAUGGCAGCGCCUGCGGCCCCAACGUGGACAGCGGACGCUGCUUCUUCGUCAACGGCUCGCACUACUUGGGCCACAAGUACCGCAUGGGCCGCGGCCAGGCCGAAGUGGACGUCCAGUACUGGCUCAACUUCGGGUUGUGCUUCGCCUUCGUGGGCUCCUUCUGCCUCGUCAACGUCAUAUCGCACAUCAUCCCGCUGCCGGCGUCCAUCAAGUCCAAGUUCAGGGAUUGAUGUACUGCUCUGUCCAUCGAGAUCAUUGUUAUUUGUUUGUCACUGAUCGCCAGGAAGGCGCAGAAACGAAGUAACAUCCGUGACGAUACGAAGUGACGCUAGAGUUGCUCGAGCUCGGGUAAUGUGCCAAGGUUUCAACAACUGAGGGUUGUCCAGACUCCUGUCGGCGCUAAGGUUUCAACUAGCGAAGGCUGUACGGGCUCAUGUUCCUGCUAUGGUUUCGACAGGUCAGGGUUGUGUGUGCCAAGGCUCCCCAGAAGGGCACUCCGCGGCCAUUUGUCGUACUGUAGACCGACACUUUGCCAUUGGCCUGUUAUAGUCCUUACAGGCAAUCAAUACGCCGAACGGGGGUAAAUGUAAGAACUAAUCACCAUGGACAAUGAGCGGUUCAUUGUGACCGCUCGCUAACCGGAGAUAAUGGAAGACUGUUUAGCAUCUCGAGCUUUAGACUACAAGCCAUUUGAUAUAGGAGUCCCAGCGCGCAGCAUGACGUCGUAAAGCUAUCCUGCGUGUGCUCUGUGAGCUCUCGACCAACGCGAAUCCUUGACCUCCUCGUUAGCAUCGGCAAACGUCAUUGCCGGAUGAGUGAUUACUAUGACGGAGUCAAAAGUAACUUAAACGAUGC